GCGGCGUGAUUAGCCUCUGAUCGUCCCUGUGUGAACGACAUACAAGAGCGAGCUCCAGGAGCGCACAGCACACAGCUGACUCUGCCCACCAUGUUCCACCGUGCGGUCGUCGUCGCUGCCUCGCUUCUCGCGGCCGUGUCUCGGGUCGGCGCGCUCUGGCCGCUUCCCCAGAGCCUGUCCGAGGGCACAAGUGCCCUCCGGCUCUCUCCAGGCUUCCACAUCACCCUCGCACCCAGCGUCGCGUUCAGCGCCCCGCUCGAUCUCUACGAGGCCAUCGGGCGCACCCAGGGCUACCUCUUCACCGACAGCCUCGGCCGCCUCGUCGUAGGCCGCGGCGCGAGCGAUGUCAGCGCGUUCGAGACGGCGGCGUACCUCACGGAGCUCCAGUUGUCCCUCGCACCGGGCUCGAAGGUGAACUCGAUCACGACGGAGGCGCAGAAGCCCCUCGAUGAGAGGGAUGAGGCCUAUACGCUCACCGUGCCCUCGAAUGGCUCGGCCGCGACGAUCACAGCGACUUCGACGCUUGGUCUGUAUCGCGGCCUAACGACGUUCGGACAGCUGUGGUACGAGUAUGAGGGGACGGUCUACGCGGUCAACACGCCUGUGGAGAUUGAGGACAAGCCCGCCUACCCGUACCGUGGAUUGCUGCUGGACACGUCCCGCAACUUCUUCCCGGUGUCGGACAUCCUUCGCACGCUCGACACGAUGAGCCUGGUAAAGCUCAACGAGUUCCACUGGCACGUCGUCGACAGCCAGAGCUUCCCGCUCGAGAUCCCGGGCUACACCGAACUUGCGGCGUACGGCGCGUACGGCCCCAACAUGGUGUACUCUGCUAGCGACGUGCAGACCAUCGUGUCCUACGCCGGUGCGCGGGGCAUCGACGUGAUGGUGGAGAUCGACACUCCAGGGCACACCGCCGUGAUCGCGGACGCGCACCCCGACUUCGUUGCUUGCAACCAGGCGCGGCCGUGGGCGACAUACGCGAACGAGCCGCCCGCUGGCCAGCUGCGGUUCACGAACUCGACGAUCGCGACGUGGACGGCGGGGCUCUUCACGGAGCUGGCGAAGAUGUUCCCCUCGAGCCUGAUCAGCACCGGCGGCGACGAGAUCAACAUGCCGUGCUACGAUGACGACGAGGAGACGCAGAGGGACCUGAACGCGACCGGGCUGAGCUUCAACGAUGCGUUGUCGGGCUUCACGCAGCAGACGCACGCUGCGCUGGAGGCGGCGGGCAAGACGCCAGUGGUCUGGGAGGAGAUGGUCUUGAACUACAACCUGACUCUCUCCAACGAGACUUAUGUUCUCGUAUGGAUAUCCUCCGAGGAUGUGAAGGCAGUCGCCGACAAGGGCUUCCGCAUCAUUCAUGCUGCUUCUAACUACUUCUACCUCGACUGUGGUGGAGGAGGUUGGGUCGGCGACUACCCCGCUGGCAACUCGUGGUGCGAGCCCUUCAAGACAUGGCAGAACUCCUACGCCUUCGACCCACUAGCGAACCUGACCUCGGACCAGUACUCCCUCGUCGCGGGCGGCCAGCACAACCUCUGGACCGAGCAGUCCGGCCCGUCGAACCUCGACCCCAUCGUCUGGCCCCGCGCGGGGGCGUCCGCGGAGCUCUUCUGGAGCGGGGCGGGCGGCAACGUCACCGCGGCCCUCCCGCGUCUGCACGACGUGAGCUUCAGGAUGCAGCAGCGCGGCGUGCGCAGCAUCGCGCUUCAGCCGCUCUGGUGCGCGUUGAGGCCCGAUGAGUGUGACCUCAACUGGUAAGAGGGUAGAUGCAUUGCUGAUGUCGAUGAACCUUUGUGUGCCUGUCAAAAGUUGUGGACAUCCUACUCAAAGACGAUUGGUCUCCUAAUGGACUGCUAUUGGACAUAUUGUAUUCAUUGGGAAUCCCGACGUGUUCGGACAGUGACACUGACGUCGU